GCAGCUGACAUUGACUGUUUUGCCCUCUCCAACAUGGCGGCUGCUCCCUGUCCCGCAGUGGUCUCCGCUCAGUGGCUGGCGGAUGCCAUCCAAAACAAGCUCGUCGGCCCAAAACUCCGUGUCCUGGACGGGUCCUGGUAUUUGCCGAAAACCAAGCGAGUCGCCAGGGAGGAGUUUCAGCAGAAACACAUACCGGGAGCCUCGUUUUUCGACAUAGACGAAUGCAGCGACAAGAGCUCCCCGUACGACCACAUGCUGCCGACCGCCAGCGACUUCUCCCGGUACGUCAGCGACCUCGGCAUCGGGAACGACACCCACGUCGUGGUUUACGACACCAGCGACUUCGGUUCGUACACCGCGCCCCGUCUGUGGUGGACGUUCCGGGUGUUCGGCCACAGCUCGGUGUCGGUGUUGGACGGAGGCUUCAAGAACUGGGUGGCUGACGGUCACCCGGUGACCUCCGACUACACCAAGCCGGACAAGACGGACUUCCAGGCGAGCCUGAACCAGACCUGGGUGAAGAGCUAUGAAGAUGUGCUGCAGAACAUCAAGACCAAGCAGGUCCAGGUGGUGGACUCCAGGUCUGCCGGCCGGUUCCGGGGUACCGAACCAGAACCAAGAGAAGAUGUUCUCCCUGGGCAUUUUCCCGAAACCAUAAACAUCCCCUUCACGUCUUUCCUGGAUUCCUCUGGAAGGCACUACAGCCCUGAGAAUCUGACCAAGCUCUUCCAGGAGUCCGGGGUGGACCUGGAGAAGCCUCUCUGGGCCUCCUGCGGUUCUGGAGUCACAGCGUGUCACGUGAUUCUGGCUGCCCACCGGCUCGGCCGCUCCGGCGUUGGUCUUUACGACGGAUCCUGGGGAGAGUUUUUCAAAAGGGCUCCUCCAGAGUUCAUCGUCUCGGAGGGGGAGGGAAAGAAGGAAUGAUUAGCCUGGUGCAAUCAAGAACAGGUCACAUUUUGAGGAUAGAAGCAAUAUUUUGCUGUGGAGAAACUUCAAAUACUCGCCUUGUAGGAGGAGGUUUAUCCUGGGAUGAAAGGCUUUUAUGAAUCAUGACUAACUUUUAAGAGCUGCAGAAGACAUCGUUUCAGAGAAUCUCACACUGUGCCAUGCAAAUAUAAUCUAGUUUUUAUUUUGUGAUUUAAUAUAAAAUUAAAGAAAAUUAUGCAUAUUAUUAUAUGUUAAAUAACGUGUUUCAACUUGUACCGUUGCUCAAUCAUGUGAAAACGGAACUGCCAAAGUGCCUCAAAUCUGCAUGCAUCUUACGGCGCUGCAAUCUCUGUUCUGUUGUUAUGCUGCUAUUAAUGUAACGAUUCCGUGAGAAAUUGUGCAAACCUGGUCAAUGUCAGUCAAGUGUUCUGGUGCAGAACCUUAUGCAUUUCAAUUGUAGAUAAUAGCAUUAAAGGAAUUAUCAUAUUUUAUUGUGAUUUUCUUCAAGUGACUGCCUCUAGUAGAUUUUUAAAAAGGUACAAGUUCACUUUUGCAACUGAACGCAACUGCACAGUGAAAAUGACACGUUAAUCGUCCGACCAAUUAAAACGCAGAAAAAUGUGAGGACAUGCAACAGCUUUGUGCCAUCUGUACAAAUCUCACAGCAUCAUGUGAUUGUUUCCCCCCCCUUAUUGUCCAAUAAAAUGAGGCUCUUUCCACUCA